AUUACCAGAUAGGGAAGUGUUGCCUGAUUUGGGAUUAUGCAAAUGUUGCACAAUUACGAAACAGCCCCUCAUAUGCAAACCGAAAAAGUGACCGGUGGAAGUGUGCAAGUUGUGGCGGGAGCUGGAGGAAAAAGUUGGGAGGGACCACGAACGUGGGAGCAUGAACGCGCGAAGCAACAACUGAACGACGGAAGCGAGGUAAUGAAGAUAAAUGAAUUUCGAAGCUGGGUCAUCUUGUGGGAAGGAGCUGUUCUGUUAUUUUCAUGUGGGGGGGAAAUUUGUGACAAAUGGUGAAGGUGAAGUGAGAUAUAAUGGAGGUGGCGUGAGGUUAAGAAGCAUUAAGGAUGGGCUGACACUUGAUGAAUUGAGGCUAAUGAUAUCUGAGUGGAUUGGUGGCGAUGGAAGAAAUUAUGACAUUAAGUACACAGUGGCCUUUGAUGAGAAGACAUUGAUUGACCUUCAUGACAAUGCUGAAAUGUAUAACCUCUUUCAAUACAAUGGGAACAGCGGUCAUGUGUAUGUCGCCGAAAAAAGACAAGUGGGUCCCCAACCAAGGGACAAUGUAGAAAUAACAGAGAGAUUCAUGGGCAUGUCACAGCAAACGGAACUGGAUGCGUCUCCCAUUAGUUUGUGUUGUGAUUAUGGCUGGCUCAGUGAAGAAAAUGCUCGUGAAUGUGACAAUGAUGAAAUAAGUGGGCCCCCUAAUGUGGAUAAAUCUAUCGGAGCUGAAGAUACGGAUGGUAGUGAGAUGGUUCAUGCGGAAUGGAGGGGACUUUUAACAGGAGUGGGCCAACGUUUUCCUAGUGCAGAUGUAUUUCGGGUGUCUGUAUACAAGUUUGCACUUGCAAACAAGUUUGUGGCCAAGUAUAUGAGGAAUAGCAAGGAAUUCAUGUCGAUAAGGUGUAAAGUUGAGGGUUGUCCAUGGAAGCUAUGUGCAAAUCAUGUGGGGAAGAGUUGUGAUGUGCUACGAGUGACGACAUUUAUAAACCGGCAUGUUCAUUCUGCCCAAGAUAGCUUGGACGUGAUGCAUAGUGGAAGAGCUAGUUUGAACUCAUCAAUAAUAAUUGAUGAGAUGAGGGAUCAUGCAGACAAGCGCACUUCUGAGAUAAGGAAGAGGUUGAAACGAGAGUAUGGGAUUGAUCUAACAUAUAAACAGGCUUAUAGAGCAAGAGAGAAGUCACUGGAAGACAUAUAUGGCAGGCCUGAACAAUCAUACAUGCUCAUACCAUGGCUAUGCGAAAGGAUAAAGGAAACAGAUGAAAAAUCAGUGGCUGAAUGGACUGCUAUUGGGAACCGGUUUGAGCGUGUUUUCAUUGCCUACGGGGCAUGCAUUGAGGGUUUCUUGGGUGGCGCGAGGCAUAUUAUGUAUGUUGAUGGAACUCACUUAAGCGGACCAUACAAGGGGACAAUGUUGUCAGCUUCAGCUUAUGAUGCAGAUAACGAGCUGCUGCCAUUUGCAAUUGCAAUUGUGAAGGGAGAAACACUAGAUGACUGGACGUGGUUUUUCUAUAUGAUAAAAAAAAUCCUGGGUUCUGUGGAAGUAACGAUUGUAUCAGAUCGACACAAUGCUAUCAUCGGAGGAGUGGCAUCAAUCUUUGGGGGUCAAAGGCAUGCCUUUUGUUAUAGACACAUCAAGGAGAAUUUUAGUUCAGAAGUUAUGAAAAUGAAUAAGGGGCAAACAAGGACAAAUGGCCGAUCAAAGGAGGAUGCACUAUAUUUAUUGGAUAAAAUUGCAUACGCAAGGACGGAUGAGAAAUUUGAGGCAGCAAUGGAUGACAUGAGAUCCUUUUCUCCAAGGCUAUUUGAUUGGCUUAUUCAUCAUGGGGAUGUAGAUAGGUGGGCUAAAAGUAGGUUCCCAUAUAAAAGAUGGGACAAUAUUACAACAAUAUAG